AUGUUGCCAUUUCCUCUGCCGUAUAGUGCUAUACCUACGCUUCUCUCCUUUGUACUUUCGCAUUCACGACGAAUUGGGUUAUCGCACACCCUUCAAUAUGACCACCUGUUUCUUCUCCUACCCCUCAACUCUCUCUCUGAGUCCAUCUCCACACCAUUAAGCGCAACCCACCACCGCUACCACGACCACCACCAAAACCAAGUCAGCGACACCCACUCUAGCGCCGCCAUGCCACUCCACCAUCGUCCUAUACGUCACUCCAGUGUGAUUGGUGGAGAAAUCAGUAGAAUCAUCCCAACCAGGUUCAAAGUACCUUCUAAUUCACCGGGAACACACACUAACAUUGAGCAUCAGCUCUCUAUCUCUUUCUGGUCACUCAAACACCUUACCACCAUCGACAAAUGUCCUCUCUCUGAAAUUUGA